AUAUGGAAACUGAGGGUGGCGUGACUCGAAAACCGGACAAGAACUAGACUAUCAGCUUCGGUGCUCCCUCGUCACAAUCUUUCCCCUCUUCAAAAUUUUCGUACCCGUACGGUAGAAGGGCGAACAAACGGCCAAACGAAUUCACAAUCGAGAAAUCAUGACAGAAGAAACAGUACAGCAGAAUCCUCUCCUUCAUGGACUGGUCGAUAUCGGGAGGUAGGUUCUUACUGCUCCACCCACUAGCUGCUAACCAGAAGGAGAAGUUUGAUGGGGGGGUGUGUUUGUUUGCUAAAAACUCGCAUCUAGCAACGGCGUCCGUUUCUCCAUCUCGAACCUUGACCCCGCGACGGCCCGUAUACUACCCACCAUUUUCCAAGACCGCGCUGCCAUCUCGCUAUACGAUGCGCAGUUCAGUGGGACGACAAAAUCCCCCAUCUCCAAUAAGGUCAUCGGCCAGAUCCUAACCUCCAUGCAACGCUUCAAAUCCAUCUGCCAUGAUUUUGGCGUGCCGGAUCAGAAUGUCCGCGUGGUUGCCACCGAGGCCACAAGGGAAGCUCAGAACUCUACCGAGUUUCGCGACAGGAUUACCGAAGCCUCGGGUUGGGAUGUGGAGCUUCUUUCCAAGAGCGAGGAAGCGAGAAUCGGAGCUGAGGGCGUUGCGAGCUCUAUCGGUAGUGUGACGGGCCUCGUCAUGGACCUUGGUGGUGGGAGUACACAGCUUAGUUGGAUGAGGAGCGAGAAGGGGGUUUGCAAGAUGGCGGGGAAGCCAGUCAGUAUGCCAUAUGGCGCUGCGGCACUGACGAAGAGAAUCGAAACAGCGAUAGAUGCGGCGGCUAUAGGAAUGUUGAGGGAUGAAAUGAAGGGGAGGAUUGCCGACGCCUUUAUCUCGCUGCAAAUACCAAAGGAUUUGCAGCUUGAUGCUGAGGCCGAGGGUGGAUUUACCAUGUAUCUGUCCGGCGGUGGAUUCAGAGGGUUUGGAUACUUGCUCUUGGAUCAGCAUGAUAUCAAACCUUACCCCGUGCCUAUAAUCAAUGGGUUCAAAGCACCAGGGAGUGCGUUCUCGAGCCUGGCGGACCUGCACUUGGACCCCGAAUUGAGUGAUCGCUUGGACGAAAAGUUCCGGAUUUCUGGCCGCAGAGCGAGGCAAAUUCCCGCUGUAGCGUUCCUGAUCAAUACACUGAUCGAGACGCUCCCCAAAAUCAAAACUGUAAUUUUCUGUCAAGGUACCACCCUCUCCCUUCCCUCUACCGUCACUCCUCUUACAAACAAAUCCAGGCGGCGUCCGAGAAGGUGCCAUCUUUGAAAAGCUCCCCCAGGAGAUCCGGGCUCAGGACCCACUCCACGUGGCAACACUCCCCUUCGCUCCUAGAUCCGCCGAGCUCGUCGGUCCCCUCCUAAACUACGCCCUUCCACGCUCGGCCCCCUUCAUCAUCCGUUUCGAGACGGCGCCCGCCCUCUCAAAUAUGUUAAUCUACCACUCCAACGUGCCCAAAGAAUCUCGCGCCUCCUGCGGCCUGCACAGCACCACAACUGGAAUCCUCGCCAGCGCCCAUGGCCUGACCCACGAGACCCGUGCCCUCCUAGCACUCUCCCUGUGCGAACGCUGGGGCGGAGAAGUCUCCGAUUCGAAUCUCAAGACUCGCCUGCAAGACCUUGUCGGCCCGGAGUUGUCUUACUGGGCACGCUACCUGGGCGCUAUAGCUCGCGUCGUGGGAAGCGUGUACCCGACCGGGAUCAUUCGAGAGGAAAAACUUCGCUUCUUUGCUACGGACGAGAUGGCCAACACGGGGGCUAUCAUACUCAAGGUUGCAAUUAGGGAGGAUGAUCCGACUACCAGCGCUACUAUGGUCAUGGAUAGUAUAAAGGACCUUGCAAAGGUUGGGAAAAAGAAGAGGAAUAGGGAAGGGUUCAGGAGGAAGGUGGCGAUGAAUUUGGUGAGGGAUCUGGAGUAA